AUGGAGGCGGCGGCGGAGGGCGCCGAGCCGGGGAGCGGCGGCGGCGCGGAGGAGCCCGUGGUCUCCCUGGCGGAGGUGCUGGCGGAGAACGAGGAGCUGGAGAAAGAGGCGCGGGCCGUGCUGGGAGGCAGCGACCACGAGCGCUGCAGCUACUCCCAGGGCGCGGUGAAGAGGCAGGCGCUGUACGCCUGCAGCACCUGCACGCCGCCUGGGGGGGAGCCGGCGGGGAUCUGCCUGGCCUGCAGCUACGAGUGCCACGGCACGCACCGCCUCUUCGAGCUCUACACCAAGAGGAACUUCCGCUGUGACUGUGGCAAUAGCAAGUUCAAAAAUCUGCAGUGCAAGUUACUCCCAGAAAAGGGCAAGGUGAAUUCGGGAAAUAAGUAUAAUGACAAUUUCUAUGGAUUGUACUGUACUUGUAAAAGACCAUACCCUGAUCCUGAAGAUGAGAUUCCAGAUGAGAUGAUCCAAUGCAUAGUUUGUGAAGACUGGUUCCAUGGAAGGCAUCUUGGUGCAGUCCCCCCUGAAAGCGGAGACUUCCAUGAAAUGGUAUGCCAAGCCUGCAUGAAUCACUGCCAUUUCCUGUGGGCCUAUGCGUCGCAACUAGCAGUUCCUGCUUUGACCAAAGCAAACUCCCUUGAAGAUGAAGGGAUUGUCCUGAAAGUUGAGGAAAGUGAAGAGCAGAAAAAAGAAAUAAAAAAAGAAAGUGGAGUGGAACACCAAGAAGCGAAGGAGGGAAAGCAAACGGAACAGUUUAAUGAACCAUCCACCAGCUCUGGAUCUGCCUGUCCAGAGGUAGUUACUAAGAGUGAGAAGCCAGUCUGCAAGCUGAAAGAACUCCAAAGCAAGCAAUUCUUAAAAAAAGAUACUGCCACCUUUUGGCCAUUGAACUGGAGAAGCAAAUUAUGCACCUGUGAAGACUGUUUGAAAAUGUAUUCAGAGCUUGAAGUCCAGUUUCUGACAGAUGAAUGUGACACUGUCUUGGCUUAUGAAAAUAAAGGUACCAGUGACCAAGAAACAGAGAGAAGAGAUCCUUUAAUGGAUACCCUUAACAGCAUGAACAGAGUCCAGCAAGUAGAACUCAUCUGUGAAUACAAUGAUUUAAAGACAGAACUGACCGACUAUCUCAGGAGAUUUGCAGAUGAGGGAACGGUGGUGAAAAGAGAAGACAUUCAGCACUUCUUUGAAGAAUUUCAGUCACGGAAAAGGCGACGGACUAACAGGAUGCAGUACUACUGUAGUUAGACUGAGAAGGUCUGGGCCUGAAAGGACAACUGGGAAAACAAUAUUCACUGGCAAACAGAAGAGGUGUCUUCAGUAUUUGGCUUCUCAGCAAAAUCCAACUGUCUAAGAAACGUCUUCAUUUUGUCUCAUACUUCCUUUAUUUGUAGCGACUAAAACGCAUUCUUAACAGGUACAUUGCAUUUAUCGGGAUUUCAGUACUGGUCAACUUUGCAUUCCUGUGAAAGCUCGCCUUCUGUCCGGGGAGAGGAUGGCUUAUUGCAAGAACAGCGUGCUGCUGCUGUGUGUUCCCGUUAGCCUUUCACCUGUUUGACUUCUGGUGCCUAGAGCCGUACGCUGCGCUAAAACCGGGUGGGGUCUGCCCGCCCCCUGUUCUGCACAGCGCGGGCGAUACGCGCUCGGCGCGCUUUGCCGGGCUGCAGGGCCGUGCUUUCCGGCUUUUAAAUGGCCCUGAAUCAUCUCUUCAGGGCACAGCAAGUCUAGCAACGGCUCCCUGCAGAACAUGAGUGUCUGUUUACUGCACUGAGGGAGGCCCGGCUCCUGAGAGGGUAAAGCAGGCUUGGGCCGUGGUGGUGGCGGUUACUGCAUUCUAAUGUUUGGGUCACGUCAGGUGAACUAACCAGCACUGUGCUUCUGCGCGCUUGCUCUCCACUGCGGGGGUGCUCCCUAGGCAGGUGAAAACUGAGAAAUCGUAGGUUAGGCUUGAUGCAACAGAAUGUUCUGUUUUUAUAAAUUCAAAAACUGUUUCUAAUAUUGUACAGUGAUGUUUUACAUGCGAAAAUUUGUCACGUGAACUUUAUUCGCUCACUAGAAUAUAAACAAUAUCUAGGAGGAGGUACUAAAUUUCAAAUUAAGCAUCGGGGGGUGUUACAGGACUUCUAAUGUGCUUUGAUUUUAAAAAUGAGCCUACUGCAAAUUACUUCACAAAUGUUCCUGAAAGCACUGCAGCAUCCUGGCAUUUUGCUACAGUAUAAAAUGUGUGAUCUUUUUAUAAUCACUGUGAUAAUCAUGGAAGAGGAGAUGUUUCCCUGACUUUUAAGAAUCUACACUUAGCUACAAUUAAACAUUGACUUUUCCUAAGUUUGGAGCCUGAUGUAGUUUUUAGUUUUCUUUACCCACAACAUACUUUGAGAAAGUUCUGAUUUUCAACUCCUGCUUUAUGUAGUUGGAGGCUUUCUUUACCAUGGGGUACUAUUCUGCUUCUAUAGUGAUGGCUUUGGAGAAGAAAACCAGACCUCUGUCUAUCAUUCUCCCUAUUACUUGUUUCUAAUGACUUUAUUUACACAAGCUAGGUCUAGGGUAGAGCAACAGUUCAUCAGUUUGUUUCAUGCAAAAUUACUAGUUGCUUUUAAAUUUAAAUCUGGGUAUUGUACGUGCUUUUCUCUUUUUUUUUUUUGUAGCAACUGUUAUGGGAGUCAUAGCUGCAUAUCUAACUAAAGUACCUAAAAAUUAAAGAGCUGUUCAAUCUGUA